AUGACGAAGCUUGAGGAAGAGAUGCAUCAUAAUGGGGUGAACUUAUCAACCCGAAGAAGCUUUGGAACGAAACUGAAAUCUGGGUUGAAAGAAACAUUUUUUCCUGAUGAUCCGUUUAGACAGAUUAUGGAAGAGGAAAAACCGUCCCGUAGGUUGAUUAAAGGGAUACAAUAUUUUGUACCUAUCUUUGAGUGGUUACCAAAUUAUAAUUUGAGAUUGUUUUUCUCUGACUUAAUUGCUGGUCUCACCAUUGCUAGCCUUGCCAUUCCUCAAGGCAUUAGUUAUGCCAAACUCGCAAAUCUUCCUCCUCUUGUUGGCCUUUAUUCAAGUUUUGUGCCACCAUUAGUGUAUGCUGUAUUUGGGAGUUCAAGGCACAUGGCAGUUGGAACAAUAGCGGCUGCAUCGUUACUAAUUGGAGACACAAUAUCAACUGUAGCUGACCAUGAAAAGGAACCAGCAUUGUAUCUUCAUUUGAUUUUUACAACUACUUUUGUCACUGGUGUUUUUCAGGCUUGUUUGGGUUUUUUCAGGCUUGGAAUAUUAGUUGAUUUCUUCUCCCAUUCUACCAUUACUGGAUUCAUGGGAGGAACUGCAGUGAUUCUCAUCCUUCAACAACUAAAGGGUAUUUUGGGAUUGAAACAUUUUUCAACCAAAACCAAUGUUGUAUCAGUGAUAGAAGCCAUCUUCACCAAUAGACAUGAGAUAAGAUGGGAAACAACACUUCUUGGAAUAAUCUUCCUCAUUUUCUUGCAAUUUACAAGGCAAUUGAGGCUUAAAAAGCCAAAACUCUUUUGGGUAUCUGCUGUAGCUCCAAUGACAACUGUAGUAGUUGGUGGCCUUUUUACAUACCUUGUCAAAGGUCAAAAUCAUGGAAUUCAAAUUGUGGGACAUCUAGAUAAAGGAUUAAACCCUUGGUCAAUUCAAUAUUUGAAUUUUGAUAGUAGAUAUUUACCAGCAGUGUUGAGAGCUGGUUUAAUCACUGGAGUUUUAUCAUUAGCGGAAGGAAUAGCCAUAGGAAGAAGCUUUUCUGUUACUGAUAAUACACCUCAUGAUGGAAACAAAGAGAUGAUAGCUUUUGGACUUAUGAAUUUAUUUGGUUCUUUUACGUCAUGUUACUUGACUAGUGGACCAUUUUCCAAGACAGCAGUGAAUUAUAAUGCAGGUUGUAAAAGUGCAAUGACAAAUGUGGUACAAGCAGUUCUAAUGGCUCUUACACUACAAUUUUUGGCACCUUUAUUUGGCAACACACCACUUGUUGCUCUAUCUGCUAUUAUUGUGUCUGCAAUGUUAGGGCUGAUAAACUUUGAUGAAGCAAUUUAUCUCUUUAAAGUUGAUAAAUUCGAUUUUGUCAUUUGCAUGAGUGCAUUCUUUGGCGUCGCCUUUAUAAGCAUGGACAUGGGCCUUAUGAUCUCUGUUGGGCUAGGUUUGAUUAGAGGACUACUAUAUUUGGCUAGACCUGCAUCAUGCAAACUUGGAAAGUUAGCUGAUUCUGGUAUAUACAGAGACGUUGAACAUUAUUCUAAUGCUUCAACGGUUCCAGGAAUUUUAGUUUUACAGAUUGGUUCUCCUGUUUACUUUUCAAAUUCUACUUACCUCAAAGAAAGGAUUUUGAGAUAUGUUAAAAGUGAAGAAAUCGCUUCUGGAAAUAUCGUGGAAUAUGUGAUACUCGAUUUUACAGGAGUAAAUUCCAUCGACACUACUGGUAUUGAAGGAUUAUUGGAGACAAAUAAAGUGUUAGAAAGAAAAGAAAUUCAGAUGUCACUAGUAAAUCCAAGGCUAGAGGUUAUGGAGAAGCUAAUACUAUCAAUGUUUGUUGAAAAGAUUGGAAAGGAAAAAUUCUAUCUAAAUUUGGAAGAUGCAGUGAUGGCAAGUCAAUUUUCAUCAAGAACAUCUAAGACAAAUAAUAAUGAAGAGACAGUUUAA